CGGGGACGGGGGCGGUGGCGAGGAGGGGGUUACGCCGGCGACGUCGGCCGCGCGAGGCUUCGCGCGUGAGCCGCGCGGGCGCUGGGCCUGGCUACCGAGCUUUCCCGGCCGGCGAGCAGGUCGUCGACGCCGGCUCCUGGCGGAGCGCGGGGAGGAGGGAGGUGUCGGUGCCAGCGGCGGCGUAGUCGACGGCGGCCCCGGCCAUGGAAGAGACGCAGCCGCUUCCGCAGUCCGAGCUGCCGUUAUGCGACAGCCUCAUCAUCUGGCUGCAGACAUUCAAUACUGCCGCACCUUGUCAAGAUGUCAAACAGCUGACUAAUGGAGUUGCCAUGGCACAAGUUCUUCAUCAAAUAGAUGUAGCUUGGUUCGAUGAAUCUUGGUUAAGCCGAAUUAAAGAAGAUACGGGUGACAACUGGAGAAUAAAGGCUAGUAAUUUAAAGAAGGUACUUCAAGGAAUUAUGAGUUAUUACAAUGAGUUUUUGGGGCAGCAGAUUUCUGAAGAACUCAUCCCUGAUUUGAACCAAAUAACUGAAUGUUCAGAUUCUGUGGAGCUAGGGAGGUUGCUCCAGCUUAUUUUAGGUUGUGCCGUCAAUUGUGAAAAGAAGCAAGAACAUAUUCAAAAUAUAAUGACAUUGGAAGAGUCUGUUCAACAUGUGGUCAUGACUGCUAUUCAAGAGUUGAUGAGUAAAGAAAUAGUGAGCUGUCCCACAAAUGAUGCUGUCGGAGAAUUAGAGCAACAGCUUAAAAGGGCCUUGGAAGAACUUCAAGAAGCACUAGCGGAAAAGGAAGAACUGAGGCAAAGGUGCCAAGAACUGGAUAUGCAGGUGACUGCACUUCAAGAUGAAAAGAACUCAUUAGUUUCUGAGAAUGAGAUGAUGAAUGAAAAACUUGACCAGUUGGAUGGAUCUUUUGAUGAUCCAAAUACAAUGGUUGCAAAAAAGUAUUUUCAUGCACAGUUACAACUAGAACAAUUACAGGAAGAAAAUUUCAGGCUUGAAGCUGCAAAAGAUGAUUAUCGUGUUCACUGUGAAGAACUUGAAAAGCAACUAAUUGAAUUUCAACAUAGGAAUGAUGAACUGACUAGUCUUGCUGAAGAAACAAGAGCCCUGAAAGAUGAAAUAGAUGUUCUUAGGGCUACCUCUGAUAAAGCUAAUAAACUAGAAUCAACGGUCGAGAUGUAUCGUCAGAAAUUACAAGAUCUGAAUGACCUUCGCAAGCAGGUGAAAACUUUACAAGAAACAAACAUGAUGUAUAUGCAUAACACCGUCAGCUUAGAAGAAGAAUUAAAGAAGGCAAAUGCAGCACGUACACAAUUAGAAACGUACAAGAGGCAGGUUCAAGAUCUUCACAAUAAACUUUCCUCUGAAUCCAAAAGGGCAGAUACACUAGCAUUUGAAAUGAAGCGGCUUGAAGAAAAACACGAAGCUUUACUUAAGGAAAAAGAGAGACUAAUAGAACAACGUGAUACUCUGAAAGAAACGAAUGAAGAACUUCGAUGUUCACAAGUACAACAAGAUCAUCUAAACCAAACAGAUGCGUCUGCUACAAAAAGUUUUGAGAAUCUUGCUGCUGAGAUUAUGCCUGUGGAAUACAGGGAAGUAUUUAUUCGACUGCAACAUGAAAAUAAGAUGCUUCGCUUACAACAGGAAGGUACUGAGAAUGAACGUAUUGAGGAACUCCAGGAACAGCUAGAACAGAAGCACCGCAAGAUGAAUGAACUGGAAACCGAGCAAAGGCUGAGCAAAGAGCGCAUCCGAGAAUUACAGCAGCAGAUUGAGGACCUCCAGAAAUCUUUACAGGAACAAGGCUCCAAGUCUGAAGGAGAAAGUUCCAGCAAACUAAAGCAGAAGUUGGAAGCUCAUAUGGAAAAACUAACUGAGGUCCAGGAAGAAUUACAGAAGAAACAAGAACUCAUUGAAGAUCUUCAGCCAGAUGUAAGCCAGAAUGUGCAGAAGAUCAAUGAACUUGAAGCUGCUCUUCAGAAGAAAGAUGAAGAUAUGAAAGCAAUGGAGGAAAGAUACAAAAUGUACUUGGAGAAAGCAAGGAAUGUAAUAAAAACUUUAGAUCCCAAACUAAAUCCAGCAUCAGCUGAAAUAAUGCUACUUAGAAAGCAGUUGGCAGAGAAAGAGAGAAGAAUUGAGAUUCUGGAGAGUGAAUGUAAAGUAGCAAAAUUCCGUGAUUAUGAAGAAAAACUCAUUGUUUCUGCCUGGUACAAUAAGAGUCUAGCGUUCCAGAAGCUGGGGAUGGAAUCUAGGCUCGUGAGCGGCAGUGGUGCAUGCAAAGACCCUGGUGCAUGCGCUCCCGCACGGUCUUUCCUGGCACAGCAACGGCACAUCACCAACACCAGAAGAAAUCUCUCUGUUAAAGUUCCUGCUUCAACACCUGAUUAAACUACAGAAGAAAACAUAAACAGAAGUGCCCUUAAAAUAUUUUGUAUCCUUCAAUUAACUGCCAGAUUGAAAAAGAAAUUUAUGACGCUGGAUAUCAGCUAUUUUAAAAUUAACAUGCACAAAAUUAAUUUUGUCAGCUGACUUGGAAAGCAAAAUAUAGAGUCAGCUAUUUCUCUAAGGGAGUAUAUUUGAGUAAUUGGAAGAUGUAAUUAGGCACACAUCUCAAACUUUUGUCUUCUGAGAGUGUUAUAAUUUCAAAUUGACUUUGUAUAUUUUAAUGUUUUCACUUGUACCAGUAACUUGGUUAAUUUGCAAUGUAUAAUCAGUAAUAAGUAAUUUACAAAUAUAUCUAUAUUUGCUUUAUUGCGUGGUUCCAUAUAAAAAUAGUCUUGAGUAGGUGCAUGGAGAACUAUACAAGAGUUACGCUUUUUGACUCGAUGCAUAGAAGGUUUUACCUCUAUCCUCAAAUCUGUCAUCAGAUGGGUCUCUUUUAUCAUGUGAUGGAUGUUAUAAUAUUUGGAAGAUUGACAUUGAAAUGACUUUUUGCCAUAGUAAAAGUGACUAACUGGAGAUUUUGCAGAUUCAGGAAACUUCCUAGUUCUCAUAUGUACCUACUAUAAACAAGGGCUUCUGUACAGCAUGGUUGAAAUGUUAAGGAUAUGGAAAUAAGCUGACUUUUAUAAGUGAUUUUUCUGAUGGGAAAUAAGGCAAAAAAUAUAAUUUGUGUGAAACGUCCACACAUGUUUUAAUAUAAUGAUCAUAAUUAUUGUUUUUAAGCAUAAAAUUAUCAGGGCAUUUACUAAAAAACAUGCCAUAAUAGUUUUUCCUCUUCACUGCAAAGAGAUGGUGUGGUGAUGGAAUAAUCCGGAAUCAGUUUGAUUUUGUUUACGAGUUAAAGAAUCUGUCUGGGACUGAGUUUAUGGUAUUCAGUUCACUUCUAUCCAAAGCUUUUAUCUUCAGAGGUGUUAUUUUCUAAUUUUUUUGGCCUUUUUUAGGAGUCACACUUUAGAUCUUGAGUUAAAUCUGUGCUGUCCAGCAUUCUAGCCACAAGCCACAUGUGGCGAUUUAAAUAAGAUUAAUUAAAAUUAAAAAUUCAGUUCCUUGGUCACAUCAGCCACAUUUCAAAUGCUCAACCGCCACAUGUGGCUGAUGGCUCCGGUAUUGGAGAGUGCAGGUAUAAAAAAUUUCCAUCGUUGCGAAAAGUUCUUUCGGACAGUGCUGUGAUCAACCUUAUUUUAGUAACUUGGAAAUACUCUUUGAUAUUAGACCACAAACAUAAAAAGAAGAAAACUGUUAGGAUUCUUUCAGAUAUGAAAAGGAAUUGAAUUGUGGCACAAUUAGCGUUUUGCAUUCCGUAUAGUUGAAUACCUUAGGUUGUGACGUUUGUAGUUCAUCCUUCCAGUGCCGUUCGACAACUGCAUACCUGUCAGCAUAUGUCUGAACUAGGGGUCAGCAAACGUUCUGUAAGAGACAGAUGGUAAACAGUUUAGUAAACGCUGUCGGCUUUUUGAGCCAUAUGAUGUCUCCCAAGUACUGGACUCUGCUGUAAGUGUGAAAACAGCAACCAUAAACAAAUAUGUAAACAAAAUGGGUGUUGUUGCAUUUCAAUAAAAUUUUAUUUACAAAAAACUGGCAGGAGGACGGAUGUGGCCUGCAGGCUGUAGACCCCUGGUCCAGAUUUUAUUUUCAGCCUUUCUUUGCAUAUGUGAGUAUUGUUCCAUUUACAGUAUUAUUCAUUUAGAUACUUGCUUUUUAGAUUAUCUACGAGUACAUUUUUCCUAAUCACUGAAAAUACAAGAAUUUCAUACUGCAUUUAGGUCUCUUAAGAUUAGGGAGCAUCUGUCAGGAUAUAUUGUUUCAUCAGGGUUACUUCUGUUGACUACCUCUUAGAUUUUGAUGGUUUUUAUUGGUGCAAUUAUAUUGUUGGUUUGCUUUUUUGUAUAUUCCUAUAGUCUGCCUGCCUGCAACUUUUAGUGAAAUGAAAUAGCCCUUUGAAAAUAUUUUAGCAUGCUGAUUAAAAUUUUCCAAAUAUUACGGCAUUUUGGUAUAUUUUGGUCAGUGUAGGACAUCUGCUCCUUUGGUGUUUACUAUUUGCUCAUAAUUGAGAUUUUACAAGUUCUUCAAGCUCCCUUUUAUUGGAAUUUGUUGUAAAACAUCAAUUUCAAUAAUUUAGUAUUUUCACAGUCAAUUGCUCAUAAAUUUUCAAUUAUUAUAUUUGGAAUUUCUAAAUAAUUUAUGCAAUUUCUGAAUAAGGACAGAAAGCUAGAUUCUUUUUUAAUAGAGAAAAAGCAAAUUUUGUGAUUUAUCACUUUUCUAGUUGAUAAGUAGAAUUUAAAAUGCUUGAUACAGGAGUAUUUAUACAAGACUAAUGUAAAGUUCUGUAUUAUUGUGAUUAACCUUAUGGAAAUUCAGGAACUGAUCAGAAGUGAGAUUAUUUUCCACAUCUGGUUAAUGUAGUGAGAUUGACACCCUGUGGGUGGUACAGCAUUAUAAAUAUUCAUCACGAACUAUGAUUUAUGUCUGUGUUUUGAGGCUUGAGUGCAUAUGCCAGGGAAGAGAAAGCCAGCAUCUGUCUGUAUGGUAAGGUCUUGAAUGCCCCACUGAUAAAGUACAACCCCAGACCAGUUUGGAAGCGAUCUUUAAUUUUGAGCAUUUGCUCUAAGGUUAAUAUUCCUUUCUCUUUUUAAGUUAAAAGUGUGUAUACAUAUGACAAUGAUCACUUAAUGUAUUGAGAAAUAUUUGAAGUUUAUUCUGUUUUUUUUUUUCUUUUUCGGUGAAUCGGGCUGUUGAACUCUUAUGAUUUAGUAUAGAUUAAGAAUUAAUGUCUUAUCUAGAAACACAAAACUGAGUAUCCCUCAUUAGGAUGUCAUCAUCUGAUAACUGGAUUGCUAAUUUGAAUGUUAGAUAAUGCUUCUACAUCUACACCUGUUUCUGUAUAGUGGCACAUUGGGCUCUAUGGGGUGGCUUUUAGGCCACAGUACUAUGUUAGGUUCUCUAUAGGCAUAUUUAAUGAGAAACAUUCCUAUGUAAAAAUGUGUGUGUAUGGCUGUAUGCAUACAUUCCUGUUGUGAACCUGUACAUUACAAAGAAGUAGCUUGGGAAUUUGUAAAGCACAGCCAUUAAAGAAAAUAGUGUGCAGUUAUUAAACUUGAUGUAGCUUAAAUGUUACAUUUAGUUUAUAAAGGUUCUUUCUAUUUUCUAUGGCAAAAGACUUUGACACUUGAAAAAUAGAAGCAAUACUUGAUUUAUUUUUGUAAGUAUUUAGGAUAUUAUUUUAAAUAAAUGAUUGUCCAAUAACAAUAUAAUAGUUGUGAAACCUUUUAAAUAAACUUUCUGAUUUCUGUGUCUGA